UCACCAUACACCAACAAAAAGAAACCCCAAAAAGAAUCAAAAACAUAACACAAAGUUAUAAGAAAAUAUGAAGACAGUAAAGAGUUUACCUAUUUUAGCUAUGCUACUCGGUGUCAUAAUUGUAGCCGCCGCCAUCUCCACCGUCUCCGUUGAGGGCCGUAAACAUCACGUAAAGAAGAUUAAACCCAAACACCGUCGUCAUUCCAAAAACACUCCUACCGGCUCUCCGGCACCCGCACCUUACCCGUCCACCAACGAGGGCGUUUUCAACAUUUUCUCCUAUGGUGCCAAGGGUGAUGGAGUCUCUGACGACUCAAAGGCAUUGGUCGGAGCGUGGAAGGCAGCUUGUAAAGUGGUCGGAGGGAAAGUGGAGAUUCCGGCAGGGACACAGUUUUUGGUGAAGGCAGUGACACUGCAAGGGCCGUGUAAGGAGGAGACGGUGGUUCAAAUAGAAGGAAUCUUAGUGGCUCCAGAGAAGAUAGGGUCAUGGCCUAAUUCAAGCUUGUUUCAAUGGCUUAACUUCAAAUGGGUCAGUCAUUUGACCAUCCAAGGCUCAGGGACUCUUAACGGUCGUGGCUAUAACUGGUGGAACUUAGACACUUAUCAAACUCAGACGAGAAAUAAGUAUAUCCCACCAAUGAAACCAACGGCACUUCGGUUUUAUUCAAGUAAUAACGUCACGGUCCGUGAUAUAAGCAUCGUGAACAGUCCAUUAUGUCAUUUGAAGUUCGAUGAUUCGGAUGGAGUCAAAGUCAACAACAUUACGAUCUCUUCGCCGGAGAAUAGCCCUAACACCGACGGCAUCCACCUCCAGAACACACGUAACGUCGAGAUUCAACACUCCAACAUCGCUUGUGGAGAUGACUGUGUAUCCAUUCAAACCGGCUCCUCCAAUGUACAUAUUCACCACAUCAAUUGUGGCCCUGGCCAUGGCAUUAGCAUAGGUGGACUAGGGAAAGAUAAGAGUGUGGCAUGUGUUUCUGAUAUCAUUGUAGAGGAUAUCUCUAUACAAAACACUCUUGCUGGUGUUCGAAUCAAGACUUGGCAGGGAGGAUUAGGGGUCGUCAAGAACCUAACGUUUUCGAACAUUCAAGUAAAGGACGUGAAGGUACCAAUAGUAAUCGACCAAUAUUACUGCGACAAGUCCAAGUGUAAGAAUCAGACGCGUGCAGUGUCGAUUUCCGGCGUUAAAUACAACAACAUUGUCGGUAGUUUCACGGUGCAACCGGUACGUAUUGCAUGCAGCAACAACGUGCCAUGCAUGGACGUGGAUCUUAUGGAUAUAAGGCUACGACCUUCUGGAGGAAUCAGAGGGUUACAAACUCAUCAGCAACAACAAGCUUUGUGUUGGAACUCAUAUGGCAAAACACAAGGGCCUUUGGUUCCUUCUAGCAUUGGCUAUUGCUUGAGGAAGAGUAAUAUUGGUGGUUAUUAUUCACAAAAAGUUUCUCGGUCCUAUGACAAGAUUUGCCCUUCAUAAAACCUUAAAUAAAAAACUAAUAUCAGUAAUGCUACCGAUUCUAGGUAUCUAUGUUUACUAUAUUUGCUAUUUAAUUUGUGUUUAUUUUGGGAUGUCAUGAUGUAUCCUUUUGCUUCCCCUCUGCAACUUUUUGUGGAUGUGAGAAGGUGGUGGCUUUUGUAUCAGCUUUUUAUUUUGUUCCAUAGUGUUAUGAUGUAUCACCCCAAUCUCAGAAGUUUAAGAUUACUUUCACAUAUUGCUUGUAACAUUUAUUUAAUAUUAAUGUUAUUUUUUAGCUUCGUUUCUA